UGGUGGGCGGGGCCGGUGCCCACCAACAUGGCGAAGACCUACGACUACCUGUUCAAGCUGCUGCUGAUCGGCGACUCGGGCGUGGGCAAGACCUGCGCGCUGUUCCGCUUCUCCGAGGACGCCUUCAACGCCACCUUCAUCUCUACCAUCGGAAUCGACUUUAAAAUCAGAACGAUAGAACUCGAUGGCAAGAGAAUCAAGCUGCAGAUCUGGGACACGGCCGGGCAGGAGCGGUUCCGGACCAUCACCACCGCCUACUACAGGGGAGCCAUGGGCAUCAUGCUAGUGUAUGACAUCACCAAUGAAAAGUCUUUUGAAAAUAUUCGGAACUGGGUGAGGAAUAUUGAAGAGCACGCCUCUCCAGAUGUUGAAAAAAUGAUCCUGGGGAACAAAUGUGAUGCAAAUGACAAAAGACAGGUGUCUAGAGAGCAAGGGGAGAAGCUUGCUGCAAGUUUCGGGAUUAAAUUCAUGGAGACCAGUGCAAAAGCAAAUAUAAACAUAGAGAAUGCAUUUUUCACUCUUGCAAGAGAUAUCAAAGCAAAAAUGGACAAAAAGUUGGAAGGCAAUAGCCCUCAAGGCAGCAACCAGGGAGUCAAAAUCACACAAGAGCAGCAAAAGAAAAGCAGCUUUUUCCGAUGUGUUCUUCUGUGAGGGACACGGCCUUAAUCCGAGCUGGACUGUGCCUGUGCUAAGUGAGGUUUCCUCUUUCUGUGGACUUAGUGCUCCCAACAUACCUUGUCACUCUGUGACCAUCUGAAUAAGAAAUGGCUUAUUUUGGUAAUUGUCUGACUCUUCAGUUUUGGAGAUGAAACAAGUUUAUUUUUGUCAGAUUGCCACUGGGCAUGUGUAUUGUCUAGCAGAGGAAGAACAGAUCACACGUGACCUGGGAUGCAGCACCAUUGCUUCAGCCUUCAUUUGUAUCUGUCAUGUAUCCAGUUUAGAAAGAUGAGGUUGUGAUCAAAAUAAGAAACUUAAAUGCCACUGUUGAUGAAGCACAGAUGUGCAUUGAUGGUACAUGAGCUGCACACUGAGCAGUGGCAUGAGAACAUCCCAGAAAUGCACCCAGGUGAGCAGUGCAGGCUGAUGCCUCCCCACGGAGCUUUCUGCAGCUCCACCUCUUUUCUGCUACAGAGAAACUCCUUUAUCUGCCUGUCUCUUACUCAGCUGGGUUACUCUAGACAAUCCACAAGUACAAUUGAUGUUUUAAAAAAAUUCUCCUCAAAGGAAUCUCUAUUUUUUUAAGAAAAGAAUGUGUGCUGUACAUAGAAAGGGUCCUUACCAUUGGUAAUUCAUCCGUGUUAGACUUGACUGUGCUUAAUUAAGUACUCCAGACAUUCAGACCUGUUUAUCAGGAGCUGAUGGCUACACUGAGUCCUGUCCAGAUGAUCUGUCAUCUGUUCUUGGAGAACCAGAGUCAGGCAGGGACACUUACACAAAACCUGGCACCUUACAAUGGGUGGCUUUACCACUCUGCAGCUGGGAAUGACUCCAGACCUAUCAUGGCAGUUUUAAAUCAUGACAAAGAAACGUCUUGCACUGCUGCCAGUCCUGUGUUCCCAUGCACACCUGCUCACAUUUGCAAAUCAAUGUUGCACACCAGCACACUUUGUGAGUGAGGCUCUCUUGUGCUGGUGUUGGUCACUGCAGCAUCAUUGUGCUCACAGCCUCUGCCAGAGCACAGCCAGCCCUCCCAGAACAGGCGGUGUCACCGUCCCACAGAGCCAGGCCAGGACAUUGCUGUGUGUGCAAGGCCAGAGCCAACACAGCUGCUGCAGGGGCUGCAGGGCUGGCUCUGGGUUGCACUGACAGGAGGAGGCAGCAGGGGCAUCACUGUGCCAGGGCCUGCAGGGAUGUGUGCCUGACCAGGGAACACACCAGCUGUGUCCUGCAGCUCCCUGGAACUGGAACUGCCUUUGUUUACAUUGACAACUGCACUUAAGGGUAAAAUCCAAGUUGAUUUUGAAGUUGUGGAAUUUACUCACCAGUUUGGUUUUCUUUUGAGUUUGUGGUAUUGAACUCUGGGCCUCAGAGUAGUGCUAAUAAGUGUUGCUGUGGUUAAAUAUCUGUUGCAUUCACAAUUAAACUGUAUAAAUCUGCAGCAUGCAAUUGGGCCCAACAGGAAUACUGCCUGUUCCAAAAUGGAAAAAGAUUUCACUCUGUAAGUUGCUGGUUUAUAGAAAUGCAUUUUAGAUGCAUUUAGAUGAUCUCUGUCCUGAUUAAAGCUUUCCUCUAACCAAAACCUUAUGAUGGUUUGGUUCUUUGUUUACUUGUGGCUUUUUUAGCAUGAGGACUUGAUGAACAUGCCCUGUAGGGGAUUUAUACAUAGAUGUAAUUGUAGGAUAAAACCAUGCUAAGUUACUGAGGAGGCUUCUAGACAGAGUGUAGGUAACACAGACCUGUAGACUGGACAAGCAGCACCUCUGUCUUGAGCUAAGGAUGUUUUUUAAAGAUUUUUUUGUGUGUUUCAAGUAAUGAUUGAGGCACAACUGGGGUGGUGAUAAGACAGGCUGAAUUUCCUACAUAACUCUGUAACAAUUUGCUUCUGGCUUAGUCAUAACUGUGGAUUGUCUUGCAUCUGCAUUGUGCUUUAUACAGCCAGAUGCUGAGCCUGAUUUAUUUUUCAGAGUGACUGGAAAAAUUGGUGUUUAUCUGACUUGAUUCCAUGGCUCUGCCAUGAUGCUGGUUCUUGCCUGUGGACUGUAUCAAUAACUCAUCCCAAGCUGGGAAAACAAACCAUAUUCAUUUACACAUGGGUAAAACCUGAAGGAUGGUAUUGUGAUUUUUCACUCAUUUUCUAAACCUGAAGUUACUCUUGCAUUCAGAAUUCUUUGUAUGUGAAUACCUUCUGUUUAAACUUAUGCUGGUUGUUGCAUGUGUUUAUGUACCUAAUUAUGACAUUAUUUCUUUUGAAAUGGUUGGGUUUGUGAACAACAACAUUAUUGCUUGAUCUCAGGAAGUCUCAUGCAGUUACUGUGACUACAGCCAUCACUGUACUUCUGUACACAGACAUUAAAUCUGUGUAAGCAACAGGAAACCUAAAAUGCAAGUGUAAGAGAGGAAAAGGUUAAAGACACUGCACUGCACAUGGGCUUAGCUGUGUGGCACCAAACACAGGCAUCAAAUCUAGAAGUACAGUGUGUUUCCAUCACAUCAUUCAAUUACUGUGUUUAUUAAGUGUGAAUGUAAUGGAAAAUGCAAUUGUCAGAGAGGUACUCUGUAAAUACAUACUUAAUCUACUUGUGUCUAAGCUUUCUUUAACUAAGGAGGAAAAAAAUCACAAAUUGGGUACAAAACCUGUAAAACUGAGGAAUUGAAGUAGGUCUGCAAAACUAACUGUGCUUACUACACAUUCUCAGUGUCUGAAUACCACUAAAAUGUCAAGUAAUUGAUUAACAUUUGUUUUGUAGAGAAACAAACCCAUUUUUGAGCAUGUCCUCAAAUUCCCUUAUUUCAAUGAGUAUCAUGGAAUUCUGUGGUUGACCUUAUUUUUGAGGCUGGUUGCAGAACAUUGCAUAGUGGUCAGAGACCUGUCAGUCAGCCUGUCAAUAAAUGGUGGAGCUGCUUUUAACACUUAUUUAACACCUGUGUUAUCUCUGUCCUGUGCUGACAGGCACAGCUCAUGUUUCCUGCCAUCAGAACCUUCUGCCAGCUUCAGACUUCCAGCCUCAGAUUUAUAAAUCCUAUGGAUUAUUGUAAGUCUCUUUACUGCUGCUGCAAAUUCUUUGGUUUCUCCUUUGCUGUGAGAUGCUGAUCAUCUCCCUGAUGAUUGCUGAGGGGUUUUUGUGGUGGUGUGUUUGGCUGAUGAUCAUGCUCAAAACUGCCAUGAUUUCUUCUUCUCUUGGACUUGCCAGGGGAUUGCACAAACAGCUGUGUGAGGAUGGGGAAGAAUGAUAACUAACAUGUGUCUUCAUUUCUAGCUCAACUAAAGAUCUGUUCAAAGGAAUGUGAGUGGAACUGCAGUCUGAGUGUUCCAGGCUGCCUUAUUCCCAUCCUUACUGAUCCCCAGAGUUUCUGUGGUUAAUAAAGGUAAUUAACUGGCUGGUUAUCUGGUCUCUCCAGCCUUUCUGCAGGAAUCAUCUGCUCUACGUUGAGUGUGAGUUGGAACUUAGGACUUUGUUUGAAGGGAAUUUAACACAUCCCAAAAUUUGUAAAAAUUAAUGUAAAUUGUAUUUUUCCAAUGAUCACUUUUGGCUGCCACCCUUCCCACAUUACAACUGCUUUCUUAAACACUUCUCAUUGAUUUUCAUGUUUGUAUUAAAACAAAACUGUUGUUUAUUACAGUAUGUCUGUUUUUACUCUCUUGUACAGGACCCUAAGCACUGCAUAAAUAAACUUCUUAUGAAAAGAGAAUUUUACAAA